GAAAUCAUCUUCUCCGACGAAAACAAAAACCCCUGUCCGAUUUCUGCUAAAACCCUUGGCCUCGUCUGCAACUGACUCCCGAGUGAAUCGCAUGUCCGCCGUCGCGACGUAGCCCAUGGCCUCCCUGAAGCUCCUCCUCUCCCAAGCUCGCCGCCAUUGCCUCUCCACCCCGGCCUCCUCCUCCCCUCUCCACCGCCUCCCCAAGUACUUCUCCUCCUCCUCCUCCUCUCCUUCCCCGUCGUCGGAAUCGCAACCCCCUCCGAACGACGGCGGCGGCGCUGAUCCCGAACUGCCGAGGCAGCGACGGCCGCCCCAGCCCGUCCCCAUCCAACCUGUCUCCUACGCCGCCAAGCCCAAGGAAGCCCCGCCCCCUUCUCCCGAGACUCCAGCGCCGAUCCGGGAGCCUCGGGCUCGUUGGACUCGAGAGGACGCCCGUUACAUGAAGGACGCGCCCUCGAUAUCCCCCGUUUCGUACGCCAUGCGCGUGGCGCCGCUUCCGGAGGAUAGGGCAUCGGCGGACGCGGCGGUCGAGGGGGCGGAGGGGGAGAAGAGGAGAGAGGGGACGGAGUUCGAGAGGAGGCGGGCUGAGGCAGGGAAUCAAGCGGCCAUGAUGAGGAGGAGGAGGUUGUCGCGGGUUUUGGAGGAGGAGGAGCAGGCGAUGGUGCCGUUCCCGAUGAUAAUUAAGGCUGAGAAGAACGAGAGCAAGGCUGUUUAUGAUUUGGCCGAGGCGAUCCAGCUUAUCAAGGCUAAUGCACGGGCAAAAUUUGAUGAAACCAUUGAAGCCCAUGUAAGGUUGGGCAUUGAGAAAAAGCGAAGUGACUUGAUAGUUCGUGGUAGCUUGGUUUUACCUCAUGGCAGUGGGAUGAAGGUUUCCAAGAUAGCUUUCCUGGGUGAGGGGGCAGAUGCUGAUGAAGCUAGAGCAGCUGGUGCAGAUAUAGUUGGUGGUCUUGAACUUGUUGAGAAGAUUGCUAAUAGUGGCGGCAAGUUUAAUGUACAAAAGUGUUUCACAACUCCGGGAUUUAUGCCUAAAGUCCUAAAGAUAGCGAAGAUUCUAAAACCUCUGGGUUUGCUGCCAAAUGCCAAACAAGGUACAUUGGUUAGUGAUGUUGCCCAAGCUGUGAGAGAGGCAAAGCAGAGUAACGUUGAUUUUAAAAUGGACAAAACAUCGAUUGUGCAUGUCGGACUUGGGAAGAUGAGCUUGUCAGAGAAUGAUUUACGUGAGAAUAUAGGCGCUUUUGUGAAUGCACUUUUGCGUGCAAAACCUGCAGGGCUGAAGAAAACUUCCAAGUAUGCAGGUUAUGUGAACUCUUUCCAUAUAUGCAGCACGAUGGGACCUGGAUUCUCUGUUUCAAUACAGUCACUAUCAAAAGCUGCAGAUCACUAUAACAAAGUUAGUCUGAGCUGAUGUUGCCUGUCGCGAACUCCUCAAAUCACAAUUUCUUAUGAUGAAGUGCUGGGGCUACCACAAGAUUCAUUGAGCUUAGGUUAUUUUGGUUGCGCUUCCUCUCUCUGUUAUUUCCUGAGAGAUGGUUAUAAAGGCAUUUCCCUCCAGCAAAAAUUUUCACGGCACUAUGAUAGAACGGUUACAUGAGAUGGGUAUCUUGUUCGUGUAGACAUGUUGCUCUUGCAGUUUAUCUAUUGGAUUUAGCGAUAAGCAUUUGGCAUUGGAGAUUGAUCAAUUAACCGGACGAUGCUCUUUGAUUGAGAAGUACAAAAUAAUAACCCCUCCAGCUGUGGCAGAUGCAUGUGAGCAGAAGGUUGUACGGGCAACAUAUAGAGUGUUCUUUACUUUCCUCUUUCUAUUUUAUUAAUCAUUUUGUGCCUGUUGUGAGUUCCCAAGUCGAUUUGCAGUAUGCAGCAGCCUUGAUCUCUUGUAUUGAUUCUUCUGCUCAUGCAAACGUUAUGUGUUGAUCUCUUUUUUUCAGCAUCCUUGUGAAAGGACCAAAUUGGGGAGUGCCUCUAAGUUCGAGUCACAAAAUAAAGUUCUUUUGUUUUUUUGUUUUUUUUUUUUUUGGGCCAAAGAGGCACAAAAUAGAGCAUGUAGCUUUCGAUACAUGGAGUUUUUGCCUCAUGUACAAUCAAUGCCUUGAUAAUCAAACAUUUCUCAUUAAA